UUGCCAGCUGAGAUAAAGACGGCAGUGGCAGCUAUUGCGAGACGGAGAAAGUUGUUGAAUGAUGAUGUCCUGAUUGCAUUAGCUGAUACUUCUUGGGAAUACCUUGAUGUCUCUGGAUCAGAUGUUUCCGACGUCGGCUUGAUUAAAGCAGCCGAAGUAUGCAGAUCAAUUAAAGCUCUGGAUAUAAGCCGAUGUACCAAAAUCACUGCUACUGGUAUAUCCGAACUUGUGAAGCACUGCCGUUUAUUAGAGACAUUGAGAUGCGGAGGGUGUCCGAGGAGCGAUCAUACAGCUCGGAGGUGCUUGAGUAUAUUUAAACCGAGGCUGGACUAUGUCGAGGAGGAUUCCUGGGAGGAGCUCGAUACGAAAGAAAUUUCAAGCGGCGCGCAAUCACUCAGGUGGCUAGUAUGGCCAAACAUCGACAAUAAUUCGUUAGACGAGAUAUCUACCGAGUGUCCGCGGAUCAUAGUGAACCUGAAGUCAUCUCCGUUCGGGUUUAUGGGAACUCAGGUUCCUUGGGAAGCGUUACGAAAUACUGUAUUGGAUGAUGUGGCUGUGAAGGAUAUUGAUCCCAAGACAUGGAGAGGGCGUGGUUUUGCAGUGAAGCCCGCUUCGCCCUCUCCUUCAACCUCCCCUGAAUUAUCAGUGGCCGAGAAAUUCCGGCUCGCCUUUGAGGAAAGGGACAACCGGUUAGCUCCAAAGCGAGCGAAAAAUGCACGGCAACACCAGCGUCGCGCAGUGCGAGAGUUGAUGUUGAUGAGCACAAGGGCUAAGGCAAUGGUCUUGGCUUCACAAGCAAGCAAGUCUCUUCACAGCAGAAGCUCAUAAAAUUAUCAGAUCAUGUGGUGUUUUAUUACUCUGUAUAUAUGUAAGAAAUUUCAAUAGUUCUUCACUAAAUUUUUAGAAAAUUUCCUUCAACAAGUUGGAAACAUCACAGGCUUGAGAUGAAUGGAGGUGUGAGGUUUUGACAAAAGUGCAAAUUUAUUUGCAUGCUGCUUGGUUUUGAUGAAAUUGAUAAAUUUAAGAUGAAAUCUAAACAGAGUACUCAGAUAA